AUGUUUGUUUCGACAGGCGAUGAGAAGGAAGAAAUGAACGACAACCCGAUCGAGCAGGUCCGACUUACAGUUCCGAUCACCGACGACCCGACCCAGCCGGUCCUAACUUUCCGAACAUGGGUCCUCGGAAUCCUCGCCUGCGCAAUUCUUUCCUCCGUCAACCAAUUCUUCGGCUACCGUCAGAACCAGCUCUUCGUCGGCUCGGUCUCCAUCCAAAUCGUGGUGCUCCCACUCCGGAAGCUAAUGGCGGCAACUCUGCCUACCAGGAAAUUCAAAAUUUCCCCCUUUUUGGACUACAAAUUGUCGAUGAAUCCGGGGCCGUUCAACAUGAAGGAGCACGCCCUCAUCACCAUCUUCGCCAGCUCGGCUCGAGGGAGUGGAGGUUGUUCCGUCACUAUAUUUUUCAUUUUGGUUUUGUGCUGCUACUUCAAGCUUUAUAUGGCUAUUUCAGUUUUUUUUUUUUUUUGCGAGAACGCAGCAUGCCAAAAAAAAAUUCAAAUGGGGUGUUUAUGA